ACAUUGCCAACUCAUAAUCAAAGUAUCCUGGCUCAAAAUCUAGCUAGCUAGAUCAGAGAUCUGCUCGUGGUCGAUUUGAAGCUAGGAGACCUAAGAUUAGCAUGAAUGAGAAGAAGGGCAUCGACAGCAGCGAGGCUUCCCGUGAGCCGCGGCCGGUACCGGGUAGCUAUGGCAUGUUCCCGUUCAUCUCGGCGGUGCGCGACCGCCUCGACUUUCACUACUUCCAGGGCCCUGACAAGUACUUCGAGUCGCGCAUCGAGAAGUACGGCUCCACCGUCAUCCGCAUCAACGUGCCGCCGGGCCCGUUCAUGGCGCCCGACUCACGCGUCGUCGCCGUCCUCGACGCCAAGAGCUUCCCGGUGCUGUUUGACCUCACCAAGGUCGAGAAGAUGAACAUCUUAAGCACCUACAUGCCCUCCACCUCCCUCACAGGCGGCUUCCGCGUCUGCGCCUACCUCGACCCCUCCGAGCCCACCCACGCCAAGGUCAAGCAGCUGCUCUUCAACGUCCUGGCGUCACGCAAGGACGCCGUCAUCCCGGUCUUCCGCUCCCAUUUCUCCUCGCUCCUCGCCACCGUCGACUCGCAGCUCAUGCUCGGAGGCAAGUCCAACUUCAACACCCUCAGCGACACCACCUGCUUCGAGUUCCUUUGCGACGCUUACUACGGCGUUCUCCCCUCCGCCUCCGGCCUCGGCACCUCCGGGCCGGCCAAAGCAGCAAAGUGGCUCUUGUGGCAGCUCCACCCCCUAGUAACGCUCGGCCUCCCCAUUAUCCUGGAGGAGCUGCUCCUGCACAUGGUGCAUCUCCCUCCCUUCCUCGUCAGCGGCGACUACAAGGCCUUGUACAAGUACUUCUCGGCCGCCGCCUCGGAGGCUCUCGACGAGGCCGAGCGCCUCGGGCUUCCGCGGGAAGAGGCGUGCCACAACCUUCUGUUCGCCACCGUGUUCAACAGCUACGGCGCCAUGAAGCUGCUGUUGCCAGGGAUCCUGGCGCACGUCGCCGAGGCGGGCGAGAAGUUCCACCGUAGGCUGGCCACGGAGAUACGAGCUGCCGUGGCGGAUGCCCGAGGCAAGGUGACGAUGGCGGCGGUGGAGAAGAUGGAGCUGACCAAGUCGGCGGUGCUGGAGGUGCUGCGGCUGGACACGCCCGUGAAGAGGCAGUUCGGACGCGCCAAGGCCGACCUGAACAUCGAGAGCCACGACGCGGUGUUCGCCGUCAAGAAGGGGGAGAUCCUCUUCGGGUACCAGCCCUGCGCUACCAGGGACCCUCGUGUGUUCGGCGCCACGGCGGGGGAGUUCGUCGGGGACAGGUUCCUCGGGGAGGAAGGGAGCAAGCUCCUCCAGUACGUGUACUGGUCCAAUGGGCGGGAGACCGAGAACCCCAGCGUCGACAACAAGCAGUGCCCGGGAAAGAACCUGGCCGUGCUCGUCGGCAGGCUCCUGCUCGUCGAGGUGUUCCUCCGCUACGACACCUUCACCGCCGACAUCGCUAAGGGCCCCGCUGCCCCCACGGUUGAAUUCAUCGGCGUCACCAAGGCCUCGUCCGGACCGGACCUUGCUUAAAACCUGCACCGGAACAGGCCCUUGCCGAUGUCAACCGUCAUCCAUGGCUGGGUAAUUAAGAUCCACGGUUGAAUAAUUAUGCUAGUUCGCUUAGCGUGCAUGGUUUACUUGACGUACGUACGGGAGUGCAUGGCUGGGUGUAGUCGACUGAGAAAUUGGUAGUAGGUCUCGAUCAGUCGACUAUAUAUCACAAAGCUGUUACUAGUUUCUCCCAUUAUUCCUUUUUUUCUUUCGAAAACUGUAUCUCUUAUUUCUUGCGUCCCUAGUUUCUCAUCCCGUUGGAAAAUAUGCCCUAGAGAGGCAAUAAUAAAGUAUUAUUAUUUAUAUUUCCA